GUGACGCACUUCCACUUCGCUGGGCGCGCGGUGGACGGUCUGAAAAGCACAGCGCGGAUUUGGCUAGGGCCUCGCGGCUCCGGAGCCAAGCAUGGCCUCCUCUCGAGCCUCCUCCACGGCAACCAAAGCUAAAGCACCUGAUGAUUUAGUUGCUCCUGUUGUGAAGAAACCACAUAUCUAUUAUGGAAGCUUGGAAGAGAAAGAGAGGGAACGCCUGGCCAAAGGAGAAUCUGGGAUUUUGGGGAAAGAAGGACUCAAGGCAGGCAUUGAAGCCGGGAAUAUUAAUAUAACCUCUGGGGAAGUGUUUGAAAUUGAGGAGCACAUCAGUGAGCGGCAGGCAGAAGUCUUGGCAGAGUUUGAAAGAAGAAAGAGAGCGCGGCAAAUCAAUGUCUCCACAGAUGACUCAGAGGUCAAGGCUUGCCUUCGAGCCUUGGGAGAACCUAUCACACUUUUUGGAGAGGGCCCUGCUGAACGAAGAGAAAGGUUAAGAAAUAUCCUCUCAGUGGUUGGAACCGAUGCCUUAAAAAAGACUAAAAAAGAUGAUGAGAAAUCUAAGAAAUCAAAAGAAGAGUAUCAACAAACCUGGUACCAUGAAGGACCAAAUAGCCUAAAGGUGGCCAGACUGUGGAUUGCUAAUUAUUCACUCCCCAGAGCAAUGAAACGCUUGGAAGAGGCUCGUCUCCAUAAGGAGAUUCCUGAGACAACCAGAACCUCCCAGAUGCAAGAGCUGCACAAAUCCCUCCGGUCUUUGAAUAAUUUCUGCAGUCAGAUUGGAGACGAUCGGCCGAUCUCCUACUGCCACUUUAGUCCCGAUUCUAAAAUGCUAGCCACAGCUUGUUGGAGUGGGCUCUGCAAGCUCUGGUCUGUGCCUGACUGCAGCCUCCUUCACACUCUUCGAGGCCAUAACACAAAUGUAGGAGCAAUUGUAUUCCACCCUAAGUCCACUGUCUCAUUGGACCAAAAGGAUGUCAACUUGGCCUCUUGUGCUGCUGAUGGUUCUGUGAAGCUUUGGAGUCUGGACAGCGAUGAACCAGUGGCAGAUAUUGAAGGCCAUACGGUGCGUGUGGCUCGGGUAAUGUGGCAUCCGUCAGGGCGUUUCCUGGGCACGACCUGUUAUGACCGUUCAUGGCGCUUGUGGGAUUUAGAAGCUCAAGAGGAGAUCCUGCAUCAGGAAGGCCACAGCAUGGGUGUGUAUGACAUUGCCUUCCAUCAAGAUGGCUCUUUGGCUGGCACUGGGGGACUGGAUGCAUUUGGUCGAGUUUGGGACCUGCGCACAGGACGGUGCAUUAUGUUCCUAGAAGGCCACCUUAAAGAAAUCUAUGGGAUAAAUUUCUCCCCCAAUGGCUACCACAUUGCAACUGGCAGCGGUGACAACACCUGCAAAGUGUGGGACCUUCGGCAGCGGCGUUGUGUCUACACCAUCCCUGCCCAUCAGAAUUUAGUGACCGGUGUCAAGUUUGAGCCUAUCCACGGAGACUUCUUGCUCACGGGUGCCUAUGAUAACACAGCCAAGAUCUGGACCCACCCAGGCUGGUCCCCGUUGAAGACUUUGGCUGGUCAUGAGGGCAAAGUAAUGGGCCUAGACAUAUCUUCUGAUGGGCAACUCAUAGCCACUUGCUCGUAUGACAGGACCUUCAAACUCUGGAUGGCAGAGUAGGCAAGACAAUGGAAGGACUCGGGCCUUGUCCUCUCCCCAAGGCGCCAUUUCCUCAGAGGGAAGAAUUGUGCUGUGUUCUAUCAUGUUUUCUGCCAGAUACCAUGUGUAGGAUUGGAUUUUCACAUCAGCCCCACUCUGAGUAGCCCGGUCUCUAGGUGAUGGCAAAUCCUUCAUGAUUAGAAAGCAAUUCUCGUCUCAGGUUCUACCAUGAACUUUGUAGACAUUGUCUCGACUCAUCGCUUUCGAAUGCCCUCCCACCUCUGUCAAUGCUCAGGACUGUGACUAUUCUUUCAUUUUUAAAAUUUUUUUAUUUGACAUUUUGAGACAGGUCUGUCUCUCUAGCCCUGACUGUCCUGAAACUUGGUCACAUUGUAAGUGACCCUCCCGCCUCUGCCUUCCAAGUGAUGGCCUUACAGAAAUGUGCUGCAGGCCUGACAGCUGGGUUUGUAAUGCUUGAAACACGGCUCUCUGUAACGUGUUUGUGCUCCAUACUACAUGCGACCCAGCAGGAAGAUAGCCGACUGCAUUUGAAUCCCCCAGUUAAUAAGGCGGGCCGAGCAGCGCCUGAGGACAAGCUCCUCUCUCGCCCCUGAGAAUGGGGUGUCAAGCAGUGAACUGCAGCAAAGAUGGUUUGCUCUCUUCCCGUGGAGCUCCCCGAGGGUGCUGACUGCAUCCGCGACUCGGAACUGUGACUGGAAACCUCUUCCAUUUUGCUUUGAAGUUUGGCCUCCUAAGGCUAUUGUAUCCAUAUUCAAAGGAGUUUUUAGAAACAAACAUGAUGUCUGUGGUACAGCCUCCUUCCUGUUGAUUAUUUAAAGGGUGUACUUUAUGUAUUAAAGGGUACUUCAUGUCACAGUAAAUGGGGGCAAAUCGCUAGUCUAUGUUUGGGCGCUCCAAACAAACUUUUAUUAUUAUUAUUAUUAUUAUUAUACACUUGCUGAGAGUAAAAUCCUACCGUAAAAAUAUCUUUCAAAGGAUUAUUUUCUAGUUCAUCUUUUAUGAAUCUUAACCCCAAAGAGGUCCUCUUUUUUAGUUUUGAGAUCUAAUGUAGUUUCAGGUAUGAACUGUACAAUUUCUACCAUCUUCAGGUCUUGCUCUGUAGGUCAGAUUGGCCUCAGACUUCGUGCUCUUGCCUCUGUAUCUCAGGGUCUGUGAAUUGCAGGGAUAGAGUCGUUGGCCUGGGAAGCACUACCGUGAGCUCUGUCUGGGCUCCGCAGUAAAGUUACAUGGAUUGCACUGGUGUUCCCAGUAUUCAGUACUGCGCUCUGUCAGCUUCCUGUUAGGUCCUGCUCCUCUGCAGAUUAUGGAUAUGUAAGAGAUGCAAGACAUGUUUUGAGGUCUUUGUUUUGUUUUUUAACUUUUAAGUUUUUUACUAUGUGUAGCCCUGGCCAACCUGGAACUUGGUGUAUUAAUUAGGCCAGGCUAGGCUCAAACUCAGUGAUCUACCUGCAUCUGUCUCCCAAGUGCAAGGAUUAAAGAGGCAUGCCCACUAUGCCAGGCUAAACAUAUUUUAAUCUGAUUCCAAUUACAGCUAAAGGUGUUUUCUUUAUAACUAAGCAUCUCGGUCUACCUUCAUUUGGAGCUUACCCUUAACCUCUUGUUUUCCCUUAAUAGUGGACCAUGAAGAGUACCUUUUCUUCAUUUCCCUGUAGUGUUUAUAAAGUGAUGAGACUGCUGUGCCACCCCAAGAUUUGGUUCCUCUAGUUUAAACCUGACUAGGACAACAAUUUUUGGUUGUUCCACGAGAGCAUUUGAGCUGAAAAUGUACUGUGUAAGCCUUGGGCGGAGCAAGUAUCUGCCUGGAGCAGUAGCCAUUUCUUCAACCAUUUUAAGAGUGGACCCUGAGCCAGGUGGUGGCAGGAGGCAGAGGCAGGUGGAUCUCUGUGAGUUCGAGGCCAGCCUGCUCUACAGCGUGAGUUCCAGCACAGCCAGUGCUACACAGAGAAAGCCUGAUCUAAAUAAAUAAAUAAAGGAUUGCUGACAUAUAUUCCCUUUUCAUGGGCAAAACAGACUACAGUGACCUGCAAAAUUAUCCAGC